UAUAAAGUAUAUUAUAAAGUAAAUUCUAAAUAUGUUAAAUAUUAGAUUUAAGUGUAUUUAUAGCGAUUUUGUUUUGUUCAAUGUUUAACCAUAAUAAAUUAAAACUGUUAGCACGUAACGAAGGCAAAAUUAAAUCUUAUGAGUCAUGCUUUGAUAUUAGAGCAUGGAGUCAUGAUACUGAUACUCGAGUUAGGUACCUUAGGGAUUGGAUGAAGUCUGAUAUGCCGAUUUGUGUAAUUCCUGUUUCCAUGGUAACUAGCUCUCUAAGAAUGAUGACUUGGAGACGACGGGGGAAGGUUACGCCCAGAUGUCACCCGGAUUGUAAGUCUAAAGUGGUCCUUGAUAGCAUCUGCAACUCUUGUCAUGUCAUUAAAAACUGUUUUAAGGACGACGAAAUUUUUCAAAAAUAUUUUGAUGAGGAGGAAUUCGAAACGACUCACUGGCCUUGCGAACGAUGUUUGGAAGCUCUAAAGAGUAUAAAAAUGUUUUGGAGGAUAAUUUUAGAAAGAGUAUUUAAAAUAAAGUUUCCUAAAAGCACUGAAAGCGAUGAAAGCCAAUAUAGCAACGGAAGUGUGAAAAGUAUCGCUAAAAUAUGGCAACAGGAAGUUGUAGAACAGGCACUUUUUGUGAAGAGCUUAACGCCUUUUAUAAAAGAACAGCUCAGCCUAAAUUCUUUGACACCACGCUCAAAACAUAGAAGCGAUGAAACUUCAUCACACAAGAUUAUUAAAAAAGACGCCUCUACGGGUACUAAUUGUAUAACAUAUUGUUAUGGUGUAAGCAAACGAAACUCGGGAACUUUAUGUAAAAAAUUAAGCAGAUGUACUUCAUUUAAAUACAAGACUGUUGACGUCGGCUGUGGUGUUGAUGGCGUAAAUAAAGAAGAAAACGUUUUAUAUAAAUACAAUUUAGAUUAUUUGCAACAACGAUUCAAUCAACAAAGCGAUGAAUUAAGACAAUUGAAAAGGGAGAAUAUUUCACUGAAACUUAAACUUCGUAAUAUGCGUAAAAAUGUUGUACCAUCGUAUACACCCAUAUUCGUUACUGAUAAUAAUGCUGUAGUGCCUAAGCCUUAUGAAUCCAAUUUCGACGAUAUUAACACUGAACCUGUCAAAAAUAUUGAAUCAGAAAUGAUUAUAACUAUGAAAAAUUGCAAAAAUAAGAAUUUCAGACACGUGUCAAUGCUGCAAGUACUACAUAAAACAAAUGACGUAAUAGCAAACGAAACCUUAAAUGAUAAUCAUCACCUCAGGCAGAAAGAAGAUCCUAUUGAAGUUUUGACAAAAGUGCAUGACACAUUUGGUGCUAUCGUAAAAAGAGAGCUUACAAUAGCAAAUAAAAAGAAAUCCCAAAGAAAAGAUGUAAAUAUUGAUGCUAAUCACAGAUUAUAUACUAAUAAAAAUGACAAGACUGUAUCUGCAAGGUCAUCAUAUUCCACUCUUUCCGAUGCGAUUUUUGAAUAG